AUGCAAGACACCGAGGCUCAAUUUGAGUCACGAACAAUUCUGACUUGUGCCCUGGCACUCGUGCUCGUUAUAAGCGAUUCGGCGAGCGCCGUGUGCUACCUACAAGACAUUGAGGAUCCAACUGGGUCAACUUAUCGCAUGAUUCCGUCGUACAUGACCCUACGGCAAUUGGCGGAUGCUCAACCCCGUCCACAGACCGAGUCACCACCGAAGCCGACCGGUCCUAUACUGCGGCCCCUGCAAGUGUUACACAAGGAUGUGAUGAAAGAUACGGAGAGUAUACGAUACGUUUGCAGUCCACGAAAGAAAUAUGAUGUUAUGGAAGUAAUACGGUGCGAAGGACAUACUCACACCGAGUGCUUGUUCGAAGACUUUACUCCAGCGCCGGAUUGCGGCCGCGUAAUAACCAUUGGCCUGAACAGUACAGAAAAGAAAGGCAUCGUCGACUUGCACAACGAGUUGAGAAUGAAGGUGGCUCGUGGAGAGGAGCUCAGAGGUGCACCCGGACCACAGCCCGCCGCCAUCGAUAUGGAGAUAAUGGAGUGGGACGACGAGCUAGCUCAGACCGCCCAAAAGUGGGCCAGUCAGUGCCGAAUAGGAGUACACGACGAAUGCCGAUCAUUACCAAAGUUUGGUGAGUUCGCCGGCCAGAAUAUAGCUGGCCACCGAUGUAAGCUUGAAGAGCGCCCCGCGGAGGCAUACCCGGUAGAAUUGGCAAGAAUAUGGUACGAAGAAGUCAGAUAUUACAAUGGAAGCAACGUUCAUAGACACACGACAGACGUUAGUGAAGAUCAUAAGGCCAUCGGACAUUAUACACAGUUCGUCUGGGCACAGAGUAAUCGCAUCGGUUGCGGCUGGAUUUAUUAUUACCAAGAUGAUUUGUACCAAUCAAACCUGGUCUGUAACUACGGGCCAGGUGGUAAUAUUAUGGGUUACCCCGUAUACAAGACCGCGAGGCCCUGCCAGCCCGAUAAUGGCACUUAA